UAUUUUCAUGUUUAGGCCAGAGAAUUAUUGUGCAAAUCAUUUGAUAUAAUUAAAAGAGCAUGAUCCCAGAUUUGGAUUAUAUAUAAUGAUCUACUCUUAAUAUAAUACUAAUAACUAAUCCAAAACAUAAUUAAGAGUUGAACUUAUUUAUGAUGUUGGAUAAGUUUGAGUGUUUAAAAAGGGAAUGGCAACAAACUUGAACAAUACGUGUUACAAUUUUCUUGUCUUUCUAUGAAAUAUUUUUCUAGUUACCUAAUAUAUUACUACUGUCUUUAUUGUAAAGUCAAGCAAACUAGGAAAAAACCGUUGUAUAUAUGUGCAAUUUGUAUUUGUAAUGCAAAUAUGUAGGGUUUCGUAAUCAACAUCACUAUUAUCUUCUCUAGUUAAAUGCUAUGAAGGAUUCUAACUCCAAACCAUGAAUGUUGUUGAUAUUUGAUUGGCAUGAAUACGAUUGCUAUGUAUUGUACGUACACAAAGUUGUAUCGCAAUUUAGGAGGUAUCUAGGGCAGUGAAUGCUAGACGAGUAAGUAAUUUAUAACUUACAGAACUUUAAGCUUCAAGACAUCACUUAUCAUAUACGUAUAUUGAUAUUUAAAGUGUCAACAAUUUGUAGGCUAUUAAGCUAAACCUUAAUUAUCAAUAAUAUUACCACUUAAUAUAAUAUUCCAAACUAGGAUUAGGAACUAAAGAAAUUAUUAAAUCAACUUGCAAGAGCUAAUGAGCUAAGUGACUACCUAUUUCCAUAAGUUGCUGGUUCCCAAAUAUUUUGGGACAUUGUUACUUAGGUAUACUUACUAUCCUUCCACCCUCAAAUUAAACGUUACUUCUCUUAGCUUUUGGCUUCUUAUUCGUUUCAUAUUAGAACGUGGCAUGCAUAACUUAAACAUGCAUGAAAAUGGACAAACAACUAUUUAUAUCAUGAACCAAUUUACAUCCAUAUAUAAAUACGAAAGGAGAGAAAUAUCAAAGAAUUCUUAUUACUUCAUAAACAUUAUUGGUGUGUAAUGGAGGGUGAAGUUUAUCAAAAACCAAUUAAAGGAGCUCAUGUUUUAGUACUCUCAUACCCAUUACUAGGCCACAUUAACCCUAUGCUUCAAUUCUCAAAACGCUUAGCUUCUAAAGGCCUCAAAGUUACCGUAAUCACCACCACAAGUAUCUCCAAUCAAUUAUGCCCCCAAACCAUGGGUGAAUCCUCGAGCAACCUCGAGUUUGUACGUGUAUAUGAUGGUUACGAGGAAGAACCCAAUAAAGUAGACGUUGAGGCAUACCUUAAUCGUCUAAGGGUGUCCAUUUCCCGUAGCUUGUUUAAACUCCUUGACUAUUACAAGCAAAAUAGCAUAUAUUUUUACCCUACACCAAAAAUGGUUAUUUAUGAUGCUUUCAUGCCUUGGGUGUUACAAGUGGUAAAAAAAAGUGGACUUGAAGGGGCUUCUUUUUUUACACAAUCUUGUGUGGUUAAUUCUAUGUACUACCAUGCUUAUAAAGGUGAUUUAAUCACUUCUCUAAGCGGGUCGAAUCUUGUGUCUUUGCCUUCAAUUGGGUCGUUGUUACGGGUUGAUGAUUUGCCUAGCUUUGUUUCAACUCCUAGCUUAUAUGCAAAUGCAUUGGUCAAGGUUUUGUUGGAUCAAUUCUCAAAUUUGGUAGAGGUGAAUUGUUUGUUUGUUAAUACCAUGGAUGUGUUGGAGAUUAAGGUAUGAUUUUUAUUAAUGUAAUAACAUAUAUGUGCAUGAGGAGUGAAAUACAAAGUUUUUUUUAGAGUAUGGUUUAGCCAAACUAACUAAUUAAUGCUAUAUUUAAAUUCCUUAGUGGAAAUAGGAUUUUCUGUCUAAUUGGAGAGAUCAAAAAGAAUUGUAUGAAUUUAGCUUGUCCCAUUAUACUUAUUAUACUCGCUUUGUUUCUGAUGUUUGUCUGGAAUGAUGUGUGCUAAGUUAAUGUUUGAAAUUUUUUUAUUAUAAAUAUUCAGUGAUAUACUUCUCCGGAUCUAUUCCUAAAUAAAGUUUCAUUUGUUUUAAUAAAUGCGGGCGUAAUUAAUUAGGAGAAUAAUGAAGGAAGAAAAUAGUGGAGAAUAGAAAUAAAGUCUCGAUUUCUAUAGUGUUUAAGAGAAAUAAGUGCAUUUUAUUAGUCAAAUAUGGAGUAUAGUUAUUAGCAAAGAAAUUGAGGCUACGUUCACUUCAUGAUCAAAUAUUCUAAUUUGACUAAUAAUUUGACAUUUUAUUGUACACUAAUCUUUAAGAUAAAGAAUCAUAUAAAGUAAAGAAUAAAAAAAUAAAGAAAAAAAUAAAAAAAAAAAAAUUAGAUUCUUACUACUUUUAAUUUAAUACUCCGUAUAAAGUUUUAUACAUUUAACAUUUGUAAUAAAUAAACAAAAAUAAAAUAUGAACAAAUAUAAUCAUUUUCAAAAUUAGCAAAUAUGUGAUUAAAUAAGUUAAAUUGGACAUAUGGCUCCGAGUUCAUACGGCUCAUUUUCUUGGUAGACCCUACAAGGCCCUUAACUUGAAGUGGCAUGUGGAGUGGAAAGGCCGAAAGAGUAACUGGAAAGUAGUGGACUAGUGUUACUAUUGAGGACAAUGAGGAGUACCAUUUGUUGUUCACCUUUUUUAAAGGGAAUAUAAUAGUAUAAUCAAGGUUAUGCAAUUUUAAAUGACUAUAAAUUUGAGAGUUGAAUCAACUUAAAGAUCUAUAACUCUAAUUUUAUGAGAUAUUAGCCUUGUUAGGAGAUGUAGAAUCUCUAGAUUAUCGGGCUUAAUAGAUCACGUAGUUUGAACAUUGAAAUAAUAACUUAAGGCCAGUUUUGUUCAAUUUAUUAGACAGAACGAUAAAAUUAAUCUUUUUAUGUUUAUUGAA